AUGGAGGACGUUCGUAGUCUUAGUAUUAUAGGCCAGUGUACUUUCGACAAGGAUUCCUUUGGUUAUGAUCGCUUAGGCGAGAUUGCCCAGGUUGCUAAGUGGGCGUUGUCCGUCAAUGCAACAAAUAUUGUAAGUCACGAUCUCGAGAAGCAGGAUGAGCAAAGUUCUCUAGAUGGUCAGUCGUUACAUUACAAGAGUAACUUUCUUUCGAGUAUGUUCGAAGGUGUUGCGGGUCAACAUCAGACUGAUGACCCGGCUGGAGGUGAGCGUGAGAGUCAGCGUGAAGAUGAGGAUGAGGAUGAGGAUGAGGAUGAAGACCAGCAGGAUCAGUUUGAGGGUCAGGGUUAUCAGCGCCAUAAGGAACAGGGACCAGCGAGUCAGAAUCUAGAGACUCCACCGUCUCAAGUUCCUGAUAACAUUGAUGACAUUGAGGAGAUUGAGGAUCAGGAGUUUCAGGACCUUCUGAAUAUGCCUCUGCCUGAUAUUCCUGAGGACGAUGAACCUGUCAUGAUCGAUGUUCAAGUUGAAACGAUGGGACCAGUUGAAGCUGCUGCUGUUUGUAAGCCUCCAGGAAAACGCAGGGUAAAUCGAAAGAGGUCUACGGUAUGGCUCCAUUUCUCUUCUUUUAAUGAUGCAAAAGGUGACGAAUGGGCUGCAUGUAAUUACUGUGGUGCUAAGUAUAGGUCUCAAAGUAGAAAACAUGGUACAAGUAACCUUCGUGGUCAUUUGCUGGUUUGUAAGAAGUAUUUGUCUUUGAGCCACGAUCGUACUCAAAGAUCUUCAAGCAAGGUCAGCAAGAAGAGGAAGUUGAGGAGGCUAGUGAAAGCGUCAGAAGCAGGCGCUAAGUCAAAAAAGAAGAAACAUGCUUCUCCAGUCGAGAAAGAAGGGCUAGUCGAGGAAGUUAAGCCCGUCGAAGAAGACAAGACCGUCGAGGAGGAUAAGCCCGUUGAGGAGGGUAAUCCUAUCGAGGGCAAUGUCCCUCCAGAGAAAGAUAGGAAUCCGGAAGCAGAAUGA